ACAACCGUCUGACUGAGAUCACAGGAAGCUCUAGGGCAAAUCUGAUCUGAUGAGGGUUGUGUCUUCUGGCUUUGCUUGUUAAAAACUUGUUAAAAAAAUUAAUUUAGACAGUUUGUUGCUCGAAUUGUGCCUUUACGGGAAUUUUCGUUAUCUUUUCAAGCUCGCUGAGGAUGGCUGAGCCAAGUGGGAGAUAUCAGCAGCUGCCCAAUGAGGAGGAUCCGGAGGAGGGGCCUCAGCUGGCCAGUGAUGCUCCGCCCCCUUACAGCAGUAUUGCAGCUGACAAUGCAGCAUAUUUUGAUUACAAAGACGAUGCAGCAUUUCCCAAGCCCCCGUCUUACAACGUUGCCACCACACUUCCAUCGUACGACGAGGCUGAGAGAUCCAAAGCAGAGGUUACCGUCCCACUUGUGUCCGGUCGACACAGGGAACGUCUGGACACACUCGAUGAUGUAACUCGCUGUGCGCUGGAGGACGAUGACUUUGUGGCCAGAGAUGACUUUGAGGAUGCCGACCAGCUGCGGAUAGGCAACGACGGCAUUUUCAUGUUGACGUUUUUCAUGGCUUUCCUCUUCAACUGGAUUGGCUUCUUUCUCUCAUUCUGCCUUACAACCUCAGCAGCCGGGCGUUACGGUGCCAUAUCUGGGUUUGGUCUGUCACUCAUCAAAUGGAUCCUCAUCGUACGGUUUUCCACUUAUUUCCCUGGUUACUUUGAUGGACAGUACUGGCUGUGGUGGGUGUUUCUGGUGCUUGGCUUCCUGCUGUUCCUCAGAGGCUUUAUCAACUACGCAAAGAUCCGAAAAAUGUCAGACUCCUUUUCUACUCUUCCACGGACCAGAAUUCUCUUCAUCUAGUUACUUGCUGGAAAUGAAACCACAUGUAUGGGCCUGUGUUGAGCCAUUGACCCGGCGGGGAAAAUAUCUUUACAAAAAAAAAAAAACCCUUCCUUCUGUAAUCUACCCAUCUGAAUGAAAGACUGCGGGAUUCCAGAGCGAUGGAGGAGGAACUUUUAUUUUCCACCCCCUGCUUCUGAAAGCGCUGUUUGCUGAUUGCAGGAUACUCUUUUCACGUUUCUAGAUAUAAAGUAGUGGACGCUAACAGCUCUGUACCUGUCCUGAAAUCAUUCGUGGGUUGACGUUGAGUGCUAUUUGUCUAUUUUCAGUCUGUAACUGAGAUCUUGUUUUUAGUAAAAGCAUGUGCUAUGCUCCCUGUGGACCAGCAGGGGGAAGUCUUGCUUUUAUAUUUCAGUCUUUUUUCUUUUCAGUCACGUUUGACAAGACAGCAACCAGUCACUGCUGGUCACCAUUCAUGAAGAGCUUUUCUCUUUGUGAAUGGCAGUGUGAAAUGAAAACAGUCAACGCUUUUCUUUUCUUUUCUUUUCUCUAUUCUUUUUACUGUUUCUGUUUCUCUCAGCCUCCCUUCGUGACAUGAAAUUAAAGAUACUGUUUUCAAGUUGUCACUUUUGAUGUGGUUUAGACAUGUUUUAUUGGCUAUGUAGUUGUUUGAAAUGGCUUAUUAAGACCAAAGUUAAGAUCCAGAAGGCGUAUGAAUAGCAUCUCGGGUCAUGAACAUUUGGCAUCCACAAAUGUUUGACUACUUGCAACUUUGCGAAGAAAAACAAAACUGAUGUUAUCUGCGUUACAAUUCAAGCAGACAAACCCUUCUAUUUUCCCUUUUAUACUAUGGCAUAGCAGAUUUUUCCCUUUGAAUAUGCGUUUAGCCGGAUGCCUCUCCCCCUUGUGCAGUGGCCAUGAUAGGGGCCCGUUUGAUCUCUCUCUGUCUAAUCAUGCAUGAUUCUGCUUUGGCUUGUCUGCUCUUGUCACCUUGGGUCUCGUCCAUAACACAGGAAGUUAGUCUUUUGUGCUCUGUUUUCCAUACAGCUUUGCGGUCACCCGUUAAAUUCCAGUGGAUGUGUGCACAUGUAUUUGCUUGUAAAUAAGAUACUGCUAUUAAACGUGUCUGGUGGUAAUGUU